AUGCAUCACCACCGCAGAAAAUCUGGCCACGGCCAUAACAACACUUCCAUGACGGAUGUUCGCAAGGCCGUUACUGCUACAGAUUCAUCGUCAAAACAUAAAAGACCCGGCAUGACGAGGCGCCAUACUCCUGUGAGUGCCCAAAAACUGGGUCGAAGCUACCGUGAGAGGGAGCGAGAGCGGGAGUUUCAUGACGCCUGGGAGGAUGAACGUGAGAGCUUCCCACAGUACUGCAUGACUUGCGAAAAACAAUUCCUACCGCACGACGAGAAGCAUCUUUACUGCUCUGAGACUUGCCGACGUGUCGACCAAAAUUCGUCUUCACACUCUUCGCAAAUUCGUGGUUACUCGCUUGGCGGCAGUCACUCUUACUAUUCCGCCGGAAAGCCGGAACCAAGGGACAUUAUUCCUCGAGCUUCGCCGUCUCGACCUAAUUCCAUGCACUUCAGCCAGUCGCCGCCGGCAUCACCGGGAACGACGUCAGCUUCCCAUCACACUACUGCUCUAUCUGCUCUACGAUCACUCAACAUCGGCCCCCCCAGUCCGCCUUCUCCCACGGGGAGCAACGGCGGAAGCUUGUGGCCCUUUGGCCGAAGUGUUGCAACCAGUCCUGCGAGUUCUUAUCGCCGGCCAUCCGGGCCAUACCUGUCAUCAACGUAUGACACCAGUCAUCACUAUGGCACAGGCGCCUACACAUAUGAAGGCGGCUCCAGCGGGUUGGACCGACCGCUCCCAACCCGUCACCCUGGAGCUUACUCUCGACCCAAGAGUAUUGAAUUGGUGACACCAGUUCUGGGGCGGUAA